UAUAUUUAAAAAGUUGUGUGAAAUCCGGAGGUAAUCGAGGAAAGGGAAACAAAUAGUCAAAUACUUAAACGUAAACUGCGAAAAAAGUAGAUAAAUAAAAGAAAAAGAAAGAGAAAAGAGUCCAGAGAGCAUAUAUUCCCCACUCAUGUUUCCAGAUAUGGUGUGAGAAUAAGAUUUGAAGAACAAGAGUAAAAGCAAACUCCAACAACUACAUGUUCUUUUAAAUCUUUUUUGUGGCCAGAGUAGUGUUUUUGCGUUUGAGAUCAUAUAUUCUUGAUUGUUACUACAGAACAUGGAUAAUAAGAAGAACCAGAAGUCAAAGGAAUCCAAGCAGAGAUUGAGAUGGAGUUGUGAGCUUCAAAACAGAUUCAUCGAUGCUGUUAAUCAACUUGGUGGACUAGAAAAAGCGACGCCCAAGGGUUUGAUGAGGAUUAUGGAGAUUCCUAAGCUUACUUUGUCACAUCUUAAGAGCCAUUUACAGAAAUAUCGGCUGGUAAAAAGCAAGAGAUUCGUUGGUAACAAGCAAGAAGAUGUUUCUUGUGCUGCAGAAAUUCUAGAAGCUCAGAAUCCUAGAGAUCAUCAACUAGACAUUAUUGUCACCCAAAAAGAUGGUCAACCUAACAAAAACUUGCAUAUCAAGGAGGCGCUAGAAAUACAAUUGGAAGUCCAAAAGAAGCUUCACGAACAAAUCGAAGUGCAGAGACAGUUGCAAGUGAGGACAGAGGCACAAGGGAAAUAUUUACAGUCAGUGUUAAUUAAAGCUCAAGAAACACUCUCCGGUUACACAUUUUCGAAUCUCGGCAUAGACUUUGCUAGAUCCGAAUCCGAACUCUAUAGAGUAACACCAAUGGAGAACAGAAGCUGUCUCAGCUCUUCUUUUUCUGAACUGACGCAAGUAGAUGAAGAAGAGCAGGUUGAGGAAAGAGAAGCUUUCUUAGGAUCCAAGAAACAAGAAAACAGAGGAAUUCGACAGACGAGAAGUUCAGUUGACAGCUCCUUGACUUUGCCGGAGAGCUUAGAAAUUGAAAGCCAUUAUCAGAGCGUUAUGAGGACAUCGAGUGAGCUUGAGUUGAUGGAGUUAAAACCAGAGGAAGUGAUGAAGCAAAAGAGGAGAAGCUGGAACGGCGCCGUUUGCACGGAACAACCUAUUAGGAAGAGAGGUUUUAGAAGUCACGAGGGUGAAGAAGACUUGGGAUUGAGUUUGAACAGUUUCAAGGACAUGUAAACGUGUUCAUUGUUUAUGUUCUAAAUUUCGUAGAAAAAGAAGUCUUGCAAUAGAAAACUAAAAGAGUUAUUGAAAAUCCCUAACUUCUAAUACACGAAUUCAAGAAAUUAAA